AUGGCCCCAUCCAAAGGACGUGCAUCCGACAGGAAUGGAAGAGGCUUCGCUGGGGCCUGCUGGAAUUCCUGCUGUGGAAAGCAAGAGGAGGUGCUCCUUGAAGAAACGGGGAUACCACGAUCUCAGGGGUUCUGUCCUCGCCUGCGUCCCUGGAUCAUCCAGCCUGUUUUGGGGGUUCCAGCCGCAGGCCCCACUGGGCAGUGCGGGGCCCCGCCCGCCCGCCCCUCCAGGCCUGGCACUCGCCCUCAGCAAAGAUGGCGCGGCGGUCUCAGGCGCCUCACGCGACCCAUCCGCCGGACUCCUCCCGCGCUGCUCUUAGCCCCGCAGACGGCUGCCGAGCGGUGGAGGGGAAAGUGUGAUCCGAGGCACGGCGGUGGCUGCGCGCUGGCGCUGCAGGGCUGGAUGCUGUAUCCCCGGGAGAGCCCGUCGCGGGAGUCCAAGGAGCUGGGCGGCCUCUGGAGCUUCCGCGCCGUCUUGGACAAUCGACGCCAGGGCUUCGAGGAGCAGCGGUACCCGCGGCCGCUGCGGGAAUCGGGCCCCACCCUGGGCGUGCCGGUUCCCUCCAGCUUCAACGACAUCUGUCAGGACUGGUGGCUGCGGCAGUUUGUUGGCUGGGUGUUGUACGAACAGGAGGUGACCCUGCCGGAGCAAUGGACCCAGCACCUGCGCACAAGAGUGGUGCUGAGGAUUGCCAGUGCCCACUCCUAUGCCAUUGUGUGGGUGAAUGGGGUCGACACGCUAGAGCAUGAGGCCGACAGCAGCAGUCUGGUCCAGGUGGGACCCCUGUCCUUCUGCCCCCGCAUCACUAUCACCAUCAAUAAUACGCUCACCCCCUCCACCCUGCCACCAGGGACCAUCUGCUACAUGAUCAACACCUCCAAGUAUCCCAAGGGUUACUUUGUCCAGAACACAGACUUUGACUUCUUCAACUACAUGGGACUGCAGCGGUCUGUGCUUCUGUACACAACACCUACCACCUACAUCGAUGACAUCACCAUCACCACCGGCGUGGAGCAUGACAGUGCUGGGCUGGUGAAUUACCAGAUCUUCAAGUGCAGCAACCAGAUCCAGUUGGAAGUGCAUCUUUUGGAGGCAGAAAACAAAGCCGUGGCCACUGGGGCCUUUACUCAGGGCCAGCUGAAGGUACCGGGUGCAGUCAGGAGCCUCUGGUGGCCUUACCUGAUGUACGAACACCCCCCGAUCUGGAAGGGCAGAGCCUCUGAUUGCUGCAUCCCUGCUUGCAGGCCCAAGGCGGCUGCUGGGGUGCGGCUGACUGCACAGACGUCACUGGGGCCUUUGUCUGACUUCUACACACUCCCUGUGGGGAUCCGCACUGUGGCUGUCACUGAGAGCCAGUUCCUCAUCAACGGGAAACCUUUUUAUUUCCACAGCAUCAACAAGCACGAGGAUGCGGACCUGCGUUUGUGCUCCUGGAUCCUAGGGAAGGGCUUCGACUGGCUGCUGCUGGUGAAGGACUUCAACCUGCUUCACUGGCUUGGUGCCAACGCCUUCUGCACCAGCCACUACCCCUACGUGGGGGAAGUGCUGCAGAUGUGUGACCGCUAUGGGAUUGUGGUCAUUGAUGAGUGUCCCGCCGUGGGCCUGGUGCUGGUGCAGCUUUUCAACAAUGUGUCUGUGCAUCAACACAUGUGGGUGAUGGAGGAACUGGUGUGCAGGGACAAGAACCACCCCGCCGUGGUGAUGUGGUCUGUGGCCAACAAGCCUGCAUCCUACCUGGAAUCUGCCAGCUACUACUUCAGUGAAGAGUACCAGAAGAGUCUGCCAGAGCAGUACCAUCUGGGUCUGGAUCAAAAACACAGAAAAUACGUGUUUGGAGAGCUUAUCGGGAAUUCUGCCGAUUUCAUGACUAUGCAGUGUGAGGGACAAAGGACAGAACUAAAAGUCAUCCCUCUGCGCCCCGGAGACAAAAGCAUAUCUGACUGCUUCCUGUACUUUGUGUUUAUUUACCUUAUGUAA